UGAUUGUGAAGCACGAUUUUUUAAUUAACUCCCUGCUAACGUUAACGUGCGUGCGUGCGUGCAACUAGUUUACCAUGAGUGACGCCUACCUGACCAAGGAGCAUCUGGCCGGGUUCGAUAAUUACAAGUACAAUGCUAAGGACACAUCACCGCUCAGUAUUUAUGUUAUGCAUCCGUUUUGGAAUUGGCUCGUAGAGUACUUCCCAAAAUGGAUUGCACCGAACCUGAUGACGUUUGCCGGCUUCCUGUUUACGGUGGCCAAUUUCGUAAUGCUCUCCUGGUACGAUUGGGGAUUUUGGGCGAGCACGGAUCUAGAAAACACUGCACCGGUACCGAACUGGUUCUGGGCGCUGGCAGCCGUUAACAUCUUUCUCGCCUACACGCUAGACGGUAUCGAUGGCAAGCAGGCCCGAAGGAUCAAACUAUCCGGACCGCUCGGUGAACUGUUCGAUCAUGGGCUUGAUUCGUAUUCGGCAUUUUUCAUACCGGCCUGCCUGUACAGCAUAUUCGGACGGGGACCUACGUCGGUACCGCCGAUACGGAUGUACUACAUCAUGUGGACGAUAUUUUUCAAUUUUUAUCUAUCGCACUGGGAAAAGUACAAUACGGGUGUGCUGUAUUUGCCCUGGGGGUACGAUUUGGGUAUGUGGGGUUCCGUUUUAAUGUACCUAGCCACGUGGAUGUUUGGGUAUCAGCUGUGGAAGGUGUCCCUACCGUGGGGCCUUUCGGCCGGUCAGCUCAUGGAACUUUGCCUCCACAUUAGCGCCAUGUCGAACCUGCCGAUGGUCGUGUACAAUAUGUACCGAUCGUACAAGGAUCGUACCGGCAAGAUGCGCACCAUGAAGGAAGCGAUGCGGCCACUAUUCACGUAUGGUAGCUUUAUGUUCGUCUGCUUGCUGUGGGUGUUUGUUUCGCCGGGCGAUAUCAUGAAUCGUGAUCCACGGGCCGUUUAUAUCAUGACGGGUACCAUUUUUAGUAACAUCAGUUGUCGAUUAAUUGUAUCCCAAAUGUCCAACACAACGGCGGAAACGUUUAACUGGUUGACGGGUGUUUUAUGUGCAGCAAUCGUUAUGAGCCUCACUAUGCCACUGUUGGAAAGGCCGAUAUUGUAUUUGCUUGUGAUUGGAUCUUCCCUAGCACAUUGGCAUUAUGGAUCUGGUGUGGUUCAACAAAUGUGCAAACACUUCAAUCGACGCUGCUUCAUGGUGACAAAGCCGGAAGAAUCCAAAGAAUAGGAAACACUCCUGUACGCUGUCUAGCUCGAUCCAG